GUGAGGUUGUUCCGAUUUUGUAGUAGAGGCGAGAGGAACGUUUCCGCAGGCAAUUUCUCAUUGACCGCAACACUUAACUUACCUAUUUCUUAGAGUCCAGUAUUAGGUUAGAGAAUCAAAGUUCGUAGUUACGUGUAAAAAGAUCAUUGUCGUGGAGGAAAUGUAUCUCCAAGUAAGCAGCGAAUAUUUAGAUAUUGUUUAACACUUUUUCAUGAUUUCAUCGAGAGGAAUUAUUUAUAUGCUAUUAGAUCUUCACUAAAAUCAUUGUCGAGACUUGGUAUAGGCACAGACCGCUGUGCAAUAGCACAUUCACUAGUACAACUCCGGAAAGAUAUUUCAUAUAAUGGGGAUUCUAAGUGUACCUAUCGCGAUGCUGAUUCUGGUGUUAUCAACUGAGGCGAGAGAUCCCCCCCGGAUAAGCCGGCCGGUGGAGGAACGGCAGACGGUGAAGCUGGGUCGGACGGUGCGUCUGUCCUGCCCCGUGGAGGGCGACCCACCGCCCCUGGUGCUGUGGGUGAAGGACGGCCGAAACGUGAACCCGGGCUGGAGCCGCUACAGGGUGCUGAAGCAGGGCCUGAAGAUCAAAGAGGUGGAGAUGGAGGACGCGGGCGUCUACGUCUGCCGCGGCACCAACGGCUUUGGCAGUGUCUCCAUCAACUACACCCUGAUCGUCAUCAAUGACUCAGCUGUGACCCAGAGCAAGCCUCCCCCCGCGGAGCCCAAUGCGGAUCUGACCCAGCAGAACCCUUCCGGACAGCCCUGGGUGAAGCCACGGUUCAGCCAGCCCACCAAGAUGCGCCGGAGGGUCCUAGAGCAGCCUGUUGGCAGCUCGGUGAGGCUCAAGUGCCUGGCCAGCGGCAGUCCAUUACCCGUAAUCACCUGGUGGAAGGACCAGACCCGCCUGCCGCCCCCACGCCAGGGUAAACGCCCGCAGUGGACCCUCACCCUCAAGAACCUGCAGCCCCAGGACAGUGCCAAAUACACCUGCCACGUCUCCAAUCCUGCCGGGCACAUCAACGCCACGUACAAGGUGGACGUCAUUGAGCGCACCAACUCUAAGCCUAUCUUGACGGGCACCCACCCGGUCAACACCACGGUGGAGUUUGGCGGGACUACCUCCUUCCAGUGCAAGGUGCACAGCGACGUCAAGCCAGUCAUACAGUGGCUCAAGAGGGUCGACCCAGGCACCGAGGGGCGAUACAACUCAACCCUGGAGGUGGGCGGUCAGCAUUUCGUGGUGCUGCCCACGGGGGACGUGUGGUCGCGGCCCGACGGUUCUUACCUCAACAAGCUGGCCAUCGUCAAGGCCCAGGAUGAGGAUGCUGGAAUGUAUAUCUGCCUGGGGGCCAACACCAUGGGCUACAGCUUCCGCAGUGCCUAUCUCACUGUGCUGCCAGACCCUGAUGUGGAGAAGACGGUGACACCUCCCCACCUGAGCUCUGGACUGCCCUGGCCCCUGAUCAUAGGCAUCCCAGCUGCUGCCCUCCUUAUCGUUGGCACCAUCGUACUCUGGCUGUGUCACAGUCGUCGCCGGCACAGCGCCCUGCCCGCCCGCGCCCUACCUCCCUGGGAACACCAUGCCCCCAACAAGGACAUUACCAACCCCAGCAGCGCCACUCCUGAUUUCCCUAGCCAAAGACUGAUGGGCAUGGGACCCCCUGCCCUGAAUGGCCCACAAAAGAUCUACUCCAAGGUUUACACGGAUGUGCACACUCACACACACACGCACUCCCAUGCACACAUGGAUGGCAAGGUCCACCAGCACCAGCACUUCCACUACCAGUGCUAACCAGCACCCUGCGGCCUUGUCUUUGAGCCACUGCUGCUCCCCUGACUCUUAAAUGGACUCUUAACAAGGGGCAAUCAUGGGAAUUGUUUUUAGCUGAUGUAAACUACAAUACCCAUAAUACCACAGGGGUAAAAGGUUACCCUGAGCAGUGUUGACACACCACAGCAAUGACUGACACAGCUCUGGGGUCACACUCCGGGACAGAUUUGGACAGUAUUACUGAGGUGCCCACUACCUGCUUUAGUGGGUAGUGACAAAGUGCUUUGAAAAGACUCAGGUUUGGGGAUGAAUUCUCACAUGUAUUUGCUAGUAAGUCAUGUCAAUGUUUUUGGUCACCUGAGACAACCUACAAGAAUGAACGGGGUGUUAUAAGGGAUUAAACUGUAUGGGACAACACCACCCCUCCCCCUCCCAAAUAUUAGUAUAAUUAAAAUGUACAUAUAUGUCUUUAAGUAUAAAACCUGUUUGUGUGGCCAAAGCAGAUAGUAAUAUAAGAAAUACCAUAUAAGCUUUUCUAAACUGGAAGCUUCAACUGUGACAAAUCUGCUGAACUCUACCAGCAAUAUUGUUUACAAUGUGUUGUCCUUGUCUUGUAUAGUGGUACAUUAGCAACACAAACUGUGGUGCUUGUUUUUUUUUAAUUAAGGAUAAUAUUAUUUCAUGAAGAGACUAUGCAAUGAUUGCAAGAUUUGUCAGGGAAAAUGGAUGAGUGAGUGAAUUGGUAAAGUGAUAAGGGCAUUUUUAUUCAUGUCCACAGACUUUCUGUUCUAUGUAUCCAGUUCUGUUUGAUAAAAGCAGUAUUACCAAAUAUGUGUAUCCCCUAUGUGACAAAAUGCCAUGUUCUUAUAUAAAAAAGGUAGAAAACAUGUACAACUUGCAUAUGUUUCGAGGUGUGUAUUUUUUAAUAUUUAGGACAUGUAUUGUAUUUUUGUAUCUGUUGCUUCAGUAGCAAUGUGUUAUCUGAUUUUCCAGAAAGUGGGCUGUUGGACAUAAGGGGUUUUUUAUUAUUGUUAUUUUAUGUAAAAACUAUCCCAGAUCAAAUUAAAUUUACAGUCCUUGAGGACAACCAAGUGAUAUAUAAGUGAUUUACAUUGAUUAAAUAAGCAACACUAAAUAUUAUUCAUUUUCUUAGUGGACACUAAUGUAGGGAAAAUUACUAUGUUACAAAUUACAAUUACAGAUUGCAAAUCUUACAGCUGCACAUCAUACACAUUUUGUAACACAUUAUAUUUGUAUGCUGUUUUCUGUUUGUUUUACUGGAGUAAUUAAGGUAAAGUAUCUUACUCAAGGGUGCAACGGCAACGCCUCAUCCAGAAUAUCCGGGAUUCAAUCCCAGCACCUGCAGAUCUGGUAAAUAAGAGAGUAUAAGACCAUGUACUCUUGAUUGUUGUCUUACAAAUGGUUCAUGGACAUGCACAGACCCAAAAAGAAACAUUGCAUG